AUGGAACAAGAGCGGAAAAACCUUAAUGUACAGAUGCAAAUCACUUUUACACCUUUUAAAAAGGUUGUCCAAACUGGAAUAAGUCAACCAUCUUUUUCAAAACAAGUCGUUAUCUAUGUGCGUCUCGAUAGUGUACUAUCUAUUUUCCUGAGAACUGGACUAAGUGUGGCCUAUGAGGCUGUGAUAGUAUAUUAUAAUCUCAAAUGGAUGUGUGUCCUACAAACACUAACACUAGGCUUUGCAUUCCCUCUAAUUAGUCCAGUAAUCCUGCUACUUGUGCGAUGGCGACACGUUAGUUGUACAUGUGCAAGUACACGGUGUAUAAAUAAAAAUGUACACAUUGGCAUUGAAUCCAAGCGCCUUAUCAAAUCACUCUCUUCUUUCUUUCUUGUCAAGUCCGAAAGUGAUGAUCUUAACGCUGACAAUGACUUAUUGUCAACUCUUAUGCUUGAAGAAAUGGCGGAUUUGGCCUGGGGAGAAUCUGAUAAGCCGCCAAUUGAAACCGAAAUUCAAUUGACUCAAUUAAUACAAAUUUGUUUUUCAAUUGCCGCAUUAUCAGAUCCGAGUCAGGAUGACAAAAAAAAAUGUUUGCCUCUCAAAGACAUCAUUGGGUGGAAUAAGUUACAGUACUCUAUUACAGAUUUUGAAUUAUCCGGCUUAUAUGUGCAACGUGUACUCGAGGAUUCACUACGAUACCUCUUUUCAUUACUGCACCUUUACAACUCUUAA